GCGCAAGCCGCGCGGAGCAGCGCUGCCCGGGUCCACUGCUUCGUGGCUGCGUGCUCCCGACCGACCGAGCGGGCCGGCCGAGCCCGCGGCCCCCGCGCGCUUCCCGAGCGGCCGGAGGAGGAGUCCAUGGUGCGGAACUUGGCGGCGGACUGACGGGGGGGGAGACCUGGCCUCCUGCGCUGGCGCGGCCGCCGGAGCGACGCCUGGACCUCGGCCUGAGGAAACUCCUUCACAAGGAGAGAUGAAGAAGAAAUCUGUGUAUAAUCAGAAUGUGGGUGAUCAGGAGUGUGAAGAUAUGGAAGGUGAAGAAAACAGAAAUAAUGCUGGUACCUCUGGCCUGUUGUACAAUGAAGCAGACAGAUGUCCAAUAUGUCUUAGUUGCCUCUUAGGAAAGGAAGUUGGUCUUCCAGAAAGUUGUAAUCAUGUCUUCUGUAUGACCUGUAUUCUUAAAUGGGCAGAGGUACUGGCUUCUUGUCCAAUCGACCGGAAACCUUUUCAGGCCGUGUUUGAACUCGGUGCAUUUGAAGAUUGUGCUAAGAUUCAAGUAAAAAGACAAUUGAGAGAAAUAAAAGACAAGGAAAAUGAAAGGUCUUUUAAGAAACAACUCUUUUAUCAUGAAAGUUCCAAAAGCGAUAAAAGAAAAAGAAACACCAUUGGAGAAGAUGUAUUGUGUGAAAGAUUUCUUGAUUUGAAGGUGUUGAAUAGAAACUUUUCAAACAAUAAAAUGGGUGAGAAGAAAAAUGCUACAGUAAAGACAAAUAAGGUUCAAAGUUCAAAUCAGUGUACAGAUCCUUGUAUCGGACAUUUCGUGUCCAGUUUGUUUUCAUGUGGCAGCCAUAAUAUGGGACCUCAAACCUAUAGAGCUUACUGUACAGAAUCUGUAGAAGUCAGUGAAAUCAGUGCAUUGAUUAGGCAAAAACGACAGGAAUUGGAGUUGUCAUGGUUUCCUAAUACAUUACCUGGAAUUGGAAGAGUUGGUUUUGUACCUUGGAGUGCUGAGACAGAAGUCCUUCCCUUGAUUGCCUCUGUGUUGCCAAGGACUAUUUUCUCAGCAAGUACCAUGUCAUUAGAAAAUUUUGGUACUUCUUCUCAUAAGGGAUGCGCAUUAGCACACACCCAAGGAGGAGGAGAAAAGAAGCAAACUUCGGGCACAUCCAGUACCAGAGGAUCAAGACGAAAACCUGCAACAUCUGUUCCUACAAGGAGGUCCACACGAAACACAAGAGUGGAGACAGUCAGCCAACCCCAGAAGUCCCCAGUGUCAAAUAAUUCUGAGUGGGAUGUCCCAGGGAACAGUAAUUCCUCUGUAAGUAUUUCCCCUCCAGCUGAAUCAGAAAAGCAAACAAGACAGGCUCCAAAACGGAAGGCUAUAAGGAGAGGAAGAAAGCCACCUGCAUUGAAAAAGAAACUUCGGAAAUCUGUACCUCCCCCUGAAAAAACAACUUCUAGUGAUUCUGUAGAGGAAGAAACAGCGGACUCUGACACCCCCCCCAUGGUGGAGAAAGAGCAACAAUCAGGAGUAGAAAGUAGUAGCAUUUCUUCUGUUCAGACAGGUGGAGAAAAUCAUUUGGUUAAUUGCUUGAAAAGUUGCAAUGAACAAACAGAAGAAAAUGAACAGACCGCGAAUCAUGAGCUAGAGGAGGAAGUAGAAUUUGUGUGUUCUGAAUCUUGCAGUCAGGAUCCUCCUGUGCUUGUUGGAGAGGAUACAGGUGUAGAGGCUGAGGAGUUAGGUGUAGACCAUGAGAUUGCUACAGAUCCUUCUGUAAAAGGAAGUGAUCCGAUAGAACAUCAAGAGCAGGCGCCUGCAAGUUCAGAGUCAGAGGUACAGGCACCUGUGUGUACAGAGAGUCCUCCUGAUGGUUGUCUUACGUGUCCAGCUUCUGACAUUGAAGGACCUCAGCCAGUGUCCAGUCCUCUGGGUGAAGUAUCUGAAAAUACAGAGUCAGUGGUUAAUGAUGAAAAAAUAGAGGAGAGUCUUAUAGUAGAAAGCACUGAUUUGAAAGAUUCUUCAGUAAACAUAGAAGCAUCUGUAGGGAGCCCCAAAUUGGAAUCUUCUGAGGGUGAAAUUGCACACACACUGGACAGACACUGUGUUGCCAGCUCAGACACUGAAUUGCCUGAGCAUGUUCAAACUGAAAAUACAGAAACAAUUCCAAUACAUGACAGUUCAGAAAAUGAAAGUUCCGGUGCUAUUCAAGAUUGUGAAGAUAAUUUAUUGAAGCAUAAUCUUGAUGACACCCAAUUGGACAAAUCUUUAGACGAAAAGGCAGAGUCUCUGAUUGAACAUCCCCUACCUAUAGAGUUACCUAACACAGAAAUUGAACAGAGUGAGAAACAUUUUAGUGAAGAUAAUAAUGAAACAGUACCUAUGGAGUGUGAUUCAUUUUGUAGUGACCAGAAUGAAUCUGAAAUGGAAUCAACUGUAAAUACUGAUUCUAAACAAUUGAAUGAAAAUUCUUCGACCCCCAGUUCUGAAAAUAAGCUGUCUUCUGAUCCUACAAUUGAGAAGGUUGAAACCGUAGCUCAACCACCUGAAAGCCUAGUGGAUACAGCCCCAAAGCCUCGUACUCGGAGAUCUAGAUUUCAUUCUCCAUCUACAACUUGGUCUCCUAACAAAGACACUGCACAAGAAAAGAGGCGGGCUCAGUCUCCAUCUCCAAAAAGAGAGACUGCAGUAGAAAGCAAGACUUCUCAGUCACCAUCACCCAAGAGAGAGUCUGCCAGGGGACGGAGAAAAUCUCGUUCUCUCUCACCAAAAAAGGAUGUGGCAAGAGAACGGGGGCAGUCUCGGUCUCCAAAGAGAGAGAAUGCUCGGGAAGCCAAAAGAUCGGAGUCAGUAUCCCCAAGAAGAGAUGCUUCUAGAGAGAACCAGAGAUCUCAAUCCAGAGCAAAAGAUUCUUCCUCAAGAGAAAAAUCUAGGUCCCGGAGCAGAGAAAGAGAAAGUGAUAGAGAUGGGCAGAGGAGAGAUCGAGAUAGAGAGAGGAGAGCCAGAAGAUGGUCAAGGUCCAGAUCUCGCUCUCGAUCACCAUCAAGAUUGAGAACAAAAAGUAAAAGUUCAUCAUUUGGAAGAAAUGAAAGAGAUAGUUACUCUCCUCGGUGGAAGGAAAGAUGGACAAAUGAUGGUUGGAGGUGUCCUCGAGGAAAUGACCGCUACCGAAGGAAUGACUCAGAGAAACAGAAUGAAAAUACAAGAAAAGAAAAAAAUGACAUCAUUGCAGAUGCUAAUGAUCCAAAUUCCACAGAUAAGCAUAGAAAUGACUGUCCCAGCUGGGUAACAGAAAAAAUAAACUCUGGGCCAGAUCCAAGGACCAGAAAUCCUGAAAAGUUAAAAGAUUCCCACUGGGAAGAAAAUAGGAACGAAAAUUCAGGGAAUUCUUGGAGUAAAAACUUCGGCCCAGGCUGGAUGUCCAGCCGUGGUCGAGGUGGCCGAGGGAAAGGUACCUACAGAGGUAACUUUGCCUACAGUGAGCAGAACGAGAACAGGUGGCAAAGCCGUACACCCCUCUCAGGGAGUGACUCCUUCAAGUCUGUGGAGCAGCAGCCGUCUAAGCGGAAAAGUGAGCAAGAUGUCUCUUUCGGUACGCCUGCAGACAGGUCGGGGUGGACGUCUGCGUCCAGUUGGGCAGUAAGAAAGACUCUGCCAGCAGAUGUACAGAACUAUUACUCUCGGCGUGGGAGGAAUUCUGCAGGUCCACAGUCUGGGUGGAUGAGACAAGAAGAGGAAACACCUGAACCGGAUGCUAACUUAAAAGACCAAACAAACCAAGUUGAUGGUUCUCAGCUACCUGUAAAUAUGAUGCAGCCACACAUGAACGUAAUUCCACCCCCAAUGAAUGCACAGCAUCAGCCUAUGAAUAUCUUCCCGUACCCAGUGGGUGUUCAUGCCCCUUUGAUGAAUAUACAGCGUAACCCAUUCACCAUGCACCCUCAGCUGCCCCUGCAUCUCCACACAGGAGUGCCUCUCAUGCGAGCUGCCCCUGCCAGUGUACCUCAGGGACCGCCACCACCACCCCCUCCUCCACCAUCCCAGCAGGUCAGCUAUGUGGCUUCACAACCAGAUGGGAGACAAGUGCAGGGCCUUCCCAGUGCUUCUCAUGUAAGUAAUAACAUGGCUACACAAGUCUUGCCUGCUCCAUCAGCAGCCCCAGGAAACACAGGAUCAGUUCAGGGACCAAGUUCUGGUAAUACUUCGUCAUCAAGUCACGUCCAAGCCUCUAAUGCUGCUGUAAAAUUGGCAGAAAGCAAAGUAAGUGUUCCAGUGGAAGCCAGCGCAGAUAGCUCGAAGACAGACAAGAAAUUGCAAAUUCAGGAGAAAGCAGCACAGGAGGUGAAAUUGGCUAUUAAGCCGUUUUACCAAAAUAAAGACAUCACCAAGGAAGAGUACAAGGAGAUUGUGCGGAAAGCCGUGGACAAAGUUUGUCAUAGUAAGAGUGGAGAAGUCAAUUCUACUAAAGUGGCAAAUCUGGUUAAAGCCUAUGUAGACAAGUACAAGUACUCACGGAAGGGGAGCCAGAAGAAAGCUCUGGAAGAACCCGUGUCUACCGAAAAAAACAUAGGCUGACGUGGGAGCUGUAAAGGACACUGUCGAGAUGUCUGCAAAGUGCAAUUCAAUGUGUACGCAACUGUGAUCGAAAUCUGGUUUUGAUAAAAUUAUUUUUUUUAUUGUAGGAUAUAAUGUUUUGUUCUAAAUAUAGCUGUGCACUGCAACUUCUAUAUCUAACCCCCAACCCCAAUAAAACAAAUUCAAGGGAAAA